UUCCUCCUGAGGUUACGGAUCUCAUUGGCACGAAUGUGACGAGCACCACCAUUGCGCUGUCGUGGUCGACGCCCGACACGGAGUGCGACAUCACAGGCUACAGCGUCAGCUACUACGGCGAGAUCUUGUGGGGGGACGGCAACUGGGUGAAUGGAUCGAGAUCUGUAAACGGGAGCCAGGAAUAUGUCGAGAUUGUCGGUCUCACUCCGUACACGCAAUACUCGAUCACGGUCGUGGCUUCGACUGAAGCGGGGCCUGGAAUGCCUUCUGAUCUAAUCAUUACCACUGACGAAGCGUAUCCUUCUGAAGUUCGUAACCUGAUGGCAAACUCUACGAGUCCAACAGAGAUAUUGGUAUCGUGGGAUGUCCCUGAGCAAGAGAAUGGAAUUUUGGGCAACUACCUCAUAACUUGGGAUGAUGGAUCUGGAGAUAAUCAAGCAGCUGAAGUCAACACCACAAGCUACCUCAUUGAAGGCCUCUUCCCUUGCGUCCUAUAUAACAUUACCGUCAAGGCUCAAACUGGAGCAGGCUAUGGGGAGGAGAGCUACAUCGACGCUACGACUGAUUCAGAUGAAUACACGAUCACGGUCGUGGCCUCGACUGCAGAGGGGCCCGGGAGACCUUCUGAACCGCUGGUGACUCGCACUCUGGAAGCGCAUCCUUCUGAAGUUCGUAACUUGACAGCAAUCACCUCGGGUCCGAAGGAGAUACUUGUAUCGUGGCAGGUCCCUGAGGAAGAAAAUGGAAUUUUGGGCGAUUACAUUAUAACUUGGGAUGAUGGAUACGGAGAUAAUCAAUCAACUGCAGUCAACGACACAAUCUUCCUCAUCGAAGACCUCAACCCUUGCGUUCUCUACGACAUUACAAUCACGGCUCAAACAGGAGCUGGCUAUGGGGAGGAGAGCUACACCAACGAGACGACGGAAACCGAAGUUCCUUCCGAGGUUACGGAUCUCACUUGCACGAACGUAACGGACAGCAGCAUUUUGCUGUCGUGGUCGAGGCCCAACACCACCUGCGUCAUCACUAACUACAGCGUCAGCUACUACGGCGAGAUCUUGUGGGGGAACCACACUUGUUUGAAUGGAUCGGUCCCUGUAAACGGUGACAAGGAGUAUGUCGAGAUAGAUGAUCUCACGCCGUACGCUCAAUACACGAUCACGGUCGUGGCCUGGACAGAAGAGGGGCCUGGAAAUUCCUCUGAACUAGUCACCAACACUAAACAAGCGCCACCUUCUGAAGUCCGUAACCCGAUGACAAACUUCACGAGUAAGACAGCGAUAUUUGUAUCGUGGGAGGUCCCUGAGAAAGAGAAUGGAAUUUUGGGCGACUACCUGAUAACUUGGGUUGAUGGAUCAGGCGAUAAUCAAUCAACUGAAGUCAACACCACAAGCUUCCUCAUUGAAAACCUCAUCCCUUGCGUCCUAUAUAACAUUACCGUCAAGGCUCAAACGGGAGGUGGCUAUGGGGAGGAGAGCUACAUCGACGCUACGACUGGCACUGAAGUUCCGCCAGCGGUGACAUCCUUGAGUGACGUCUCGUUGGCAAGUCGCUCAAUGACGUUGACAUGGGACAGGCCUGACACGGAGUGUGAGAUAACAGGUUACUUCGUCGACUAUAUCGGCGAGGUGCUCUGGGGGGACAACAACAGAACAGAAAACACCACGUACGUUCCCGGCGACGGUAACAAUACAGAGGAGGUGACGCUUGUGCAGCUCACGCCCUACACCAGCUACAACGUCGUCGUUACGGCGGCCACGGACGCCGGCAAGGGCACGUCUGCAGCUCCCCUCCUGACGCAGACGUUGCAGGACGCUCCUUCUGAGCCCAGUAUCAAGCCGUACCAAGCACGUCACAAGACGCUGGAAAUAUUUUGGUCUAAGCCGGAAAUCCUGAACGGCGUUUUGCUGCGGUACCAAAUCAUACUCCGCCAAGACGAUACCAUCGUGGCGACGUACAACGCUUCGUCAACGCAGGACCAUUGCGUAUUUGAUGACCUGCGAUACGAGACACCGUACAACGUUACAGUCGAGGCUUGGACGGGAGGCGGUGUGAGCAGGAACAGCGUCACUGCGAUGACCGUCGACUCCCCAGUUCCUCUAAUCGUGGGGCUCACGAUAUUCGCUAUCAUCCUCGUAGUGCUUGUGGUCUUGGGCUAUGUUAGGAGAGACGUUGUUCGGCAGCAGAUGAAAAAAAUAAAACCACAAAAAGCUCACACCAACGGAAGCGCGGCAACAAUUACUGAAGUUUUUCCAACGUUAACCAGCUCUGGACCAGGAGCCGGUUUAUGGCGCAAAAUAAAUGAUAUGCAAGAGUCGGACGGCCUUCUUCUGCUGCAGGAAUUUUCGAACCUCCGAGGCAUCUCCUACGCCGGCACGACAGAAGUAGCGGCGGCUAACCCAUCCAAGAACCGCUUCAUCAACAUCCUUGCCUACGACAACUCCAGGGUAAUGUUGGGAAGUUACGGUGACUACAUCAACGCGAAUUACAUCAGGAAUUACGACCAAUCGGAUUAUUUCAUCGCCGCACAAGGUCCUCUGCAAAGCACCCUUACCGACUGGUGGCAGAUGAUGCUCGAACAAAACGUCAAUUUCAUCAUAAUGCUCACUAACUGCCUUGAAAAGAAUAAGGUGAAAUGCCAUCAAUAUUGGCCAGAAGAGAAUAAGAUAUUGGAGGCUGCACCCAACCUGUUUAUUUUCAACGCUGGGGAGCAGCAGCAGGCUGAUUACACCAUUCGUGACUUGCGCAUCACUGAUGCUCAGCAUCGUCAUCUACGGUCCGUCAAGCAGUACCACUUCCAGGCGUGGCCAGACUUCGGCGUGCCUCAAGACCCGGGUGUUAUCCUCGCGUUCAUCGGGGACAUCACGAAGGAAUUGAGCAGGGAGGCUCAAGCGUCGGACUCACACAUGGUUGUGCACUGCAGUGCUGGUGUCGGGAGAACAGGCACCUUUAUAUGUGUGUGGAACUUAUGUCAUCAGUACAAAAGAACCCUCGAGGUCUCGGACGUUCAGCGAGAAGUCCUGGCAAUGAGGGAGCGUAGAUGCAUCAUGGUGCAGACCAAGGAGCAACUCUUGUUCGUGUACCGAUGCUACGCCGAGUACGUGUCGAGACAGCAGAAUUGGCCACUGGCUGACUCCUGGGAAGAAGCCAAGUACAAAGAGUUCACUGCCAUCGAAGAGUCCGCCUCUUCCUACAGCACCCUACUUGCCGAGAGGCCCGAGAGCAAAUGGAAGAAUAGAUACAUUAACAUCUUGCCUUAUGACCACAGUAUCGUCAAGCUGCAGGACCCCGGAGGCUACAUCAACGCAAACUUUGUGCUAGACCACCAAGACCAGCCGUCCUUCAUCGCCGCUCAAGGCCCCACAGACUCAACUGUCAACGACUUCUGGCAGAUGGUUCGGGAGCAAAAUGUUGCCAUCAUCGUGAUGCUCACAAAUACAACCGAGAAGGGCAAGGUAAAGUGCGCUCAGUACUGGCCUGAAGAAUCCCAGUCAUUGUUGCUACCGGAUGGGCUCCGUGUGACGAACCUGGGUGAACGUGAACACGGGCUCUACGUCGUGCGCAAGCUUAAACUUGACGAUGAAAAAAGAAGAAGCCUUUCCAGGACCACUUUGCAGUACCACUUCCUGGCAUGGAAAGACUUCGGAGUACCUGAGGACCAAGAAAGUCUACUGCAGCUCAUCAGCGCUGUCUAGACUGACCUGGCAGCUGUGACACCUGCUGCCAACCAGCACAUUGUCGUGCAUUGCAGUGCGGGUGUGGGGAGGACGGGAAGCUUCAUCGCUGUCUGGAACUUGUGUCAUUUGUUCAAGCUUCAUCGACGAGAGACGAGCGUUCAGAGCGUAGUGCUGGCACUACGAGAGUCCAGAACAAAGCUUGUCCAAACUAAGGACCAGUACCUGUACGUAAACAAAUGCUACGAAGCCUUCCGAAAAUCUCCAGACCGCUGGCCUCUGCCAGAGUACGUUCCUUCCAAGAAUGGCAUCGCUGAACCUGCUAUAUACGAGAACUGGACUGGGAAUCAAGUCGACGACGAUGAGAACUUCUAUGAGAACUUCGACAUGGCCCCCAAAUAAGCGCAGCACUGCGUGCGUGCCAUUCAUGAUAAAUAUUAACUCGCUUAAUAAUCGGGACUAUGCAGAAACUGCUCAUCCUAUAUGAUAUUUAAACGAAGUUUUAAUGCAAAGUAACAAAGGUACAGGUCAAUAUUUUGAAAAUUGAGCAAUAGAGUAGUUCGUAAAUAAGAAGGCAUGACCGAGAAACUAGUGAGCGGCUCAAUUUUUUCAUCCAAGACGAUUAAUUUCUCAGGUCACUUGGACCGAAGUUUGUGUUCUUACUUUUAAAGUGGAAAUAAUAAGUGCGUGUUACAGCUUAUGUUCACCAGUAGAAAAAUGGGAUACAGCGAAUUUUUUGAUAAGCUAAAUUCGAACUGAAUGCAAUUUUAGGACACCUAUCAUUGUUGAAUAUUACUGUUAAAGGAUAAGUUAUUUAUUAGGUAAAAAUUUAUCACUUGAUGUGGAGAAAAUUGAUCUUGGCGUCAAACGCGUGCAUUAUUUUAUUCAACGUUUAGCGUUCAUCCGAAUAAUGCAAAAUUCGUUUUUUUUUCUCAUAUCUAAUUGUUUUUUUUUUAAUUUUCCUCGUCUUCUGCUGCUACUCAUGCAAUGCUCCUAAAAAACUCUGUUUUCUUUUGCUACUUGUCAAUUGAACGAUCACUUAUUUCUCAUUUCUCUUAAAAAGGACUGCCGUAGUAUUCAUUGUCUUGUAUUUCACUUUACUUGAGUCAGUAUUCAAGGAGGCUUGAGUUGCCAGAUCAUUUUUAUUCCUGAUUUAUAGGAGCCACUAGAUACCCUACGACUGUGGUCCGGCGGCAACACGUUGUAAUGUGACAACCGAGUAUCGUUUUCCAGUAGAUAUGAGAUGGCAUGGCAGGUCGUGCGCGUGAGUUGUGUCGACCCCGUAGCGGCCCAAAGUGCAUUCUAGUUGUUGAUUUUACAGAUUUUCUUUGUCAAACAGGUGAUAAUGUAGUAGGACAAUAGCUUGAUAUCUUAUCGUUACUUAUUAAUGAUUACACUAUAUGUUCAUAUAUAUGUGGUAUCUUGCUCGGAAGGUCAACAAUUUGAAUAUAGCGUUACUGCAUUAUAAAUUAUAAACGUUAAUAAAAGUGAGGGAACUUGGCAUUGUUAAUUAUUUUUGUACAUUGCAUGAAAUAUAAUGAUGAAAAUUCAA